UUGCAGUCCCAGCCCCGCCGUCGUCGUAAACCUGGCGCCCCCGCGCGCGAUCAAGAUCUCGCCGGUGAAGGCGGAGCAGCUCGACAUGGCUGAGCAGCCGCAGAAUGGAUUUGCAGGGAGCGGGGAGCGGAAGGUCCAUCCGGAACUGGCGGUGUCCCGGGGAGCUGUGCGGAGCACCGGCGAGAAGCGGCGGCUCAGCCUGUGCGUGGGGUGCGGCGCGCAGAUCCACGACCAGUACAUCCUGCGCGUGGCGCCCGACCUCGAGUGGCACGCCGCCUGCCUCAAGUGCGCCGAGUGCCACCAGUUCCUGGACGAGACGUGCACCUGCUUCGUCCGCGACGGCAAGACGUACUGCAAGCGCGACUACGUCAGGUUGUUCGGGACCAAGUGCGACAAGUGCGGACUGUCCUUCAGCAAGAACGACUUCGUGAUGCGCGCCAAGACGAAGAUCUACCACAUCGAGUGCUUCCGGUGCAGCGCCUGCGAGCGGCAGCUGAUCCCGGGGGACGAGUUCGCGCUGCGCGAGGACGGGCUCUUCUGUAAGGAGGACCACGAGGUGCUCGAGAAGGCCACCAACAGCGAGAACAACAACAACACCACCAAUGUCAACAAUAACAACAGCAGCACCAACAACAACGAGGGCUCCAACUCCGACUCGUCCGAGUCGGGCUCGAACAAGGGCGGCCGGGAGUCGGGGCGGGCGUCGGGCGCCAAGGCGACGUCGGACGGGAAGCCGACGCGCGUGCGCACCGUGCUGAACGAGAAGCAGCUGCACACGCUGCGCACCUGCUACAACGCCAACCCGCGGCCCGACGCGCUCAUGAAGGAGCAGCUCGUCGAGAUGACGGGGCUCAGCCCGCGCGUCAUCCGGGUCUGGUUCCAGAACAAGCGCUGCAAGGACAAGAAGAAGGCCAUGCUGCUCAAGCAGCAGAUGCAGCAGGAGAAGUGCUGGGUAGUCAAAGACGGCCGCAAGCUGGGCUACGGCGCCAUGCAGGGCAUCCCCAUGGUGGCGUCCAGCCCCGUGCGCCACGAGUCGCCGCUCGGCAUGAACCCCAUCGAGGUGCAAUCCUACCAGCCGCCCUGGAAGGCGCUCUCCGACUUCGCGCUGCACACAGACCUCGACCGCCUGGACCCCUCCGCGCCGCCGUUCCAGCACCUGGUAAGUCAGAUGCACGGCUACGACGUGCACGGCGCGCCGCCCCCGCCGCCCCCGCACGACCUGGGCCCGCCGCCGGGCGACAUGGCGCACCCCGACUCCACCGACUCGUACGUCACGUACCUGGAGAGCGACGACAGCCUGCAGCACGACGCGGCCAGCCCAUAA